AUGCUUCUGCAGGACGAAGAUCUAUGAGAAAGGAAGGCGAUCAAGACUAUGACAAUUGUACUUGCGAUCUUAAUUGCUAUAACUGUACUCUGAGGGGUAUUGCUGAUAAUAUCAACAUUCAAGUUUAUCAGAAAGUUUAGGUUAAGGAAAUAAGCUAUUUAGCUUAUUUUUAAUAACUCUGAACCUUGCUUUAGUGUUCAGGAUAAUCUACAUUUCAAGAAAGCUUUAUGUGAACAGACCAUACCAUUGCCUUGAAGAUAGCAGCUGAUUCAGAGUCUUUGCCACCUUUAGUCCUCUUUGGAUGCUGGGCUCUGCAGGAGUUUUGAACAGCCUAAAUUGGGCACUAUUCUGAUUCUCAGUAAAGUAUUUUGAUAGAAAAAAUACAAGAUUUUAUAAAAGGGUGAAAGUAAUUAUUUGAAGUAUUUUCUUUAUAGUUCUGGGAAUCAUGGCUAUUUCGUAUCUAACGGCUAUUGGUAUUGGCUGAGCACAUCCUAAUCCUGUUGAUCCGAGCCUCCUUCUGUUCAUCGACUGGUUUGGAAUCUCCAUCCACUUUGUUGUUUGCAUCUCUUUUGUUAUAACUGGACUUAUCUUAAAAUAAGGUUAUUAAAGAUUGGAAUGAAGAAGUCGGAAGAAAGUCAAAGAAUAGGAUUAUAAUAUCAAUACUGGUCCUUUCAAUCCCCUUCCUUGUUCGCGUAAUUUAUCUUAUCGUUAAACGGACUUCCAAUAUGGAUAGAUUUAUGAAUCUUUCAGUAAUGGACGAUACUUUUGCAGCACCUUUGGUAAUGCUAUUCUACAUUAUUAUUGCAGACCUAGUUCCCAUUGGGUCUCAAUUAAUGUCAACUGUAGUUGUGGUAGAUUCAAAGGACCUUCAUCUUCAUAAAAUUUAUGAAAAAUAUGUUGAAGAGUCAACAACUAUUGAGAAAAAUAUAUCUGUGAUGACCAUUGCUUCUUCAUCCCAGUGAGGAAGCAUAAGAGGUUCUUCUGAAAAUUUCGAUGUAAAGUCCUUAGUCUUUAUUAACAAUUCUAAAGAGGCAGGCAUCAGCUUCCUUGGGACUAAAGAUGACGAAGAAUCUGUAAGCAGUUUGUACCGGAAAGGAAGUGAUGAGUGUUAAAAUUUCAACAGAAGUAGAUGAGGGAGAUAAUCUUCUUCAUACAAAAAUACCUUUAUAAUCUGGAUGAUUUCUAUAACUAUGAGAGUUCAAUUUCAAUCAGG